AUAUGACACACGUUUGAGUUAGUUACAACUGUUUUGUAUUAAAAAAACGUUUCCACUGCCCUUAUGCUUUCUUCAAGCUAAAAGAUUGCGACCUUUAAUGAAAGUAUCCGCCAUGAGAAUGAAUUUUCUUGCUCUAGGUUUGUCUCUGUGUCUUGUUCUUUCCAGCUUCCAUGACGUUUCUUGUCAGGAUGAUGGUGGUGCUAGUAGGCUGAGUCAUUUGGAUCUAAUUGAACGUGAAUACCAAGAUAGUGUCAAUGCUCUUCAAGGCAAGGAAGAUAAAGAUCAGUCUUCAGAUAUAGUGACUGAGAACCAGAAGAACACUACAGUGACUGAUCAGAACACUAUCUCUCUGUCUCUGUCUGAUGAAUCUGAGGGCACUACUUUCAGUGAUUCAGCUGAUAACUCAAACCAGGUUGGAGCUGUUAGUGAUGAAAGUGUUCAACGUUCGAGUCUCUUAGAUCAAAUAGAACUUGAAUUUGAAGCCCAUCUCAAUGGUCUGAACCAAGCUGGAUCUGAUGGUGCCAAGGACAGUGAAGAAUUAUCUGCUGAGAGACAGAAGAUGUUGGAAGAAAUCGAACGAGAGUUUGAAGCUGCUUCAACUAGUUUGAAACAAGUAAAGACUGAUGAAGGAAAUGAUGAAGAACAAUCUGCAAAGAGACAAAGUUUGCUGGAUGAGAUCGAACGCGAAUUUGAAGCCGCUACAAAGGAUCUUGAACAACUAAAGGUUAAUGACUUCACUGGGGACAAAGAUAAUGAAGAACAAUCUGCAAAGAGAAAAAGUAUGCUUGAAGAGAUUGAACGCGAGUUUGAAGCCGCUAUUGAAGGCCUUGAAGAACUCAAAGUUUCUGAUUCUACCGGAAGCAAUGAUGAUGAAGAACAAUCUGCAAAGAGACUAAGUAUGCUUGAGGAGAUAGAACGCGAAUUCAAAGCUGCUACAAAAGGUCUUGGACAACUCAAGGCUAAUGAUUCAACCGGGGACAAAACUGAAGAAGAACAAGAUGCAAAGAGACAGAGUAUAUUAGAAGAGAUCGAACGCGAUUUCCAAGCUGCUACAGAUAGCCUUAAGCAACUUCAAGUUGAAAGCUCCAGUGAAGACACAGAACAAACUGCAAAGAGACAAAGUAUGCUUGAAGAAAUUGAACGUGAAUUUGAAGGUAUCUUACUAUCAAUAGAACCAAACAUGGUGAAUAAUAUUCUAACAAUGUGUCUACUUGCAGCUGCCACACGUGAUCUUAAACAACAAAAUGAGUUCACUGAUGAUGAUCAAUCUGCAAAGAGGAAGAGUAUGCUUGAAGAGAUGGAACGUGAGUUUGAAGAUGCUAUUCAAGGUCUUCAACAGAUAAAAUCUGAUGAUUCCGUAAACAAUGAAGAACAAUCUGCUAAGAGAAAGUUAAUGUUGGAAGAGAUCGAACGCGAAUUUGAAGAAGCUCAGAGUGGAAUGAAACAGAGGGGUUCCAUUACACCAGAGUUUCUUGGACUAGGACAGUCAGGUGUCUGUGGCUGUUUCAAUCAAGACAAUUCUGGUUUAAAGCAAGACGAAGUUGCUUCAAUCUCUAUAUCAACACAGUAUAGCAUAGAAGAGAUCCUCUCAGAAGAAUCUGAACUCCAGGGAACAGAGACUUCUUCUAGUCUCACUAAGUCUUUGACUCAACUAGUUGAGAAUCACAGGAAAGAAAAGGAAUCUCAUAAUGUUCUCACUUCAUCCACAAGUGAAUCAGCAGCCACAUCAGAGACUGUAGAGAGCCUUAGAGCUAAACUGAAAGAGCUUCGUGGCUUAACCGCUCGUCAGCUCGUGACACGUCAAGACUUUGAUAAGAUUCUCGUCAUGGCUGCAACUUUCGAAGAGCUAAGCUCAGCUCCGAUCAGUUACAUUUCUAGGUUAGCUAAGUACAGAAACGUCAUCACAGAAGGACUUGAAGCUUCUGAGCGUGUCAACAUCGCAAAGGCGCGAGCUACAAUGCUCAAAGAGACUGCCACUGAGAAGCAAACCUUCGUGGACGCUAACUUCGAGGAGGCUAAAAGGCUUGCUCAGAGAGGAGACGCGUUGUACGUGAGAAUCUUUGCGAUCAAGAAACUGUUGAAGAAGCUUGAAACAGAGAGAGAAGCUGUUGACGUGAAGUUUAAGGAGGUUGUGAAAGGUCUCUCUCAUCUUCUUGUUGAUGCUUCAGAGGCUUACGAGGAGUAUCAUGGAGCUGUGAGGAAGGCGAAAGAGGAGCAAGCGGCUGAGGAGUUUGCGAGAGAGGCAAUGGAGAGUGCACAGAUCAUAUGGGUUAAGUUUCUUAGUUCUCUUUAGGGAGAAGCUGAGAUUCUUGGUUGUGUUUAGAGCCAAUGUGGAGGUCUUGUUUGUUCUUGUUUUGUAUUUUAUGUUGAUGUUUUGCUUCAGACUUUGUGUGUUGGUUAUAUCAGGGGAGAGAGAUUGGAGAUAGACACUAAAAUAAAUAAUGUUUUUCAGAUUUCAAAUAAAAUAAGAUUUCAAUAA